AUGCACAGAUUUCGUCGAAAAUUGGUGAAAAAAUUACAUUCCAUUGUGACACGGUGCCUCACCGAUAUCCGUCGCAAUGAUCCCAACGCUGUGAUGAUUGCGUCGGCAGUACGUACUCCUAUUACCGGCUUCACUGGACAACAUCUGCCAUUCCCUGCAACUCAAUUGGGCGCUGUGGCUAUUGAUGCUGCACUCAAACAAUCCGCCGUACCUCCUAAUGCCGUGCAACAAGUAUACUUUGGUAAUGUCUUAACGGCCGGCACUGGUCAAGCGCCAGCGCGUCAAGCCACACUUUUAGCCGGUUUGUCAAAGCAUGUCUGCUGCACAACGGUGAGUGCGUCCAGUGUAACGGGAAUGAAAUCAAUUAUGUUUGCCUCUCAGGCAGUCAAAUUAGGACUGGCAGAUGCGGCAAUAGCUGGUGGCAUGGAAUGCUUGUCAAAUGUACCCUAUUAUAUGCCACGCACUUGCCUGCACUCGGGAGAUGUGAUUAUGCAAGAUGGGUUGGUUGCAGAUGGUAUGAUACAAAAUCCAGACAAAAGUCAAAAUAUGGCCUUAGACAUUACCAAAGACGAAUGCAUAAAGUAUAUAAAGGAAUCAUAUGGGCGUAUGCGCAGAGCUUAUAGCGUUGGUUUGUUCGAUUCAGAACUAGUGCCAUUACGGGCAAUGCAAGCAUCACGAUUGCCAAUUAUUGUGACCGAAGAUGAUUUGCGCCCAUUGCCUGAUACAUUGGCGGAGCAAGAGAACAACUACGGUUCCAUUUGCGGUGAUGGUGCAGCUGCUUUAGUGCUAACUACAAACGAAAUGGCGAGGCGGUGGAAUUUGAAACCCUUAGCCAGGAUAAUAGGGUACAAUGAAUCAAAAACAAAUGAAAUUUUAAUGGCACCUGCUUUGGCCAUCAAACGACUACUAGAACAAGUUAGCUGUACAAAAGAUGAUAUUUCGCUAUGGGAAAUUGAUGACUGUGUUUCUGCGGUGACUUUGGCUGCAAUGAAAGAGUUGGAAUUGAAUCCGGAAAAAGUGAAUGCACAUGGUGGUGCUAUGUGCAUGGGUAAUCCGAUAGCAAUGUCAGGCGCGCGUUUAGUAACACACUUAUCACAUGCUCUACAACCCGGUCAAAUAGGCUGUGCGGCAAUAACGGAUGGAAACGGAAGUGCAGCAGCACUUUUACUACAGAAAAUCUCAUACAAUACGGAGCACGCCAACAACAAGUUACCUGUACUGACCUUAUAUACCAAGGAUGACUGCACACUGUGUGACGAACUGGUUACAGAGCUGGAAAUGCAUUUCGAUGGACAAUAUGAGCUAGAAAAGGUUAAUAUUACGCAAAAGGAUAAUCUCCGUUUUCUAAGAUUGUACCGUCACGAUAUACCAGUGCUCUUCCUAAACGGGCAAUUUCUGUGUAUGCAUAAGCUAAAUGUAAAAUUGCUAGGACGUAAAAUGGAAAAGUUGGGGAUGAAGAGUAAAUUCUAGAAAUAUAUGCAACAAAUCAUUUACUUAA